GUAAUCAUAGAAAAUUGAGUGCAAGUCAGGUAUCGGAUUGUGCUAGCACCUCGUCAUCGAAGAAAGUGAAGAAAGUGAAGAGAGCGACAAGUUUUCAUCAGUUUAAGAAAUAUUUAGAAACACUUUCGAAAAACGUCUACGAAAUGAAUAAUAAAUUCGAUGAACUUGUUAAUCGGAAGCCUGCACGACGUUCGCUUAAAUUACCGAAAUCUAUACGUAGAAGGGAUUAUUGGGCUUUGAAUCGUAAUUUAGAUAAAAUUACUGAAAAUUUGAAACAAACAAGUCUCGUUAAACGGAAAAAUAAACGCAUACAGGUGAUCGUGGCCGCUUUAGAGGAUUUAACCGCGCAAUUUAGCUCAUGCGCGGAUAGCUUCCGGCAAUUAUGGUUACAAAAGAAGCAAGAGCAAGAAACUAAACGAGCCGAAAAUCUUAUAGAGAAGGAAACGGAAACUGAUAUACGAGAGAAAUCGUACACCGAUUGGAUAUACGAAAUGCGUAAUACACCGAAUGGCAAAAAGUUUUUAAAUCGAGUAGACAGUUCGUUGCGUAAAGCUUUGGCCAAACAUAAAGAUCAAUUGGAAAAUGAGAUGAAAAUCAAGUGGAGGCAUGUGAAAGGUCUCAUGAAAUUGCAAUAUAAAGAGAAGCUCUUAAAGCAUUUCUCUUCUCCCGGGAAACAAAAUGGCACUAACGAAGUUCAACGGCUUAACGAAAGCAUAGAAACGAAAUUAAGGCAAUUUGAAAAGACACAAACGGAAUUAUUGCAAAAAAUGCAAAAUGUCUCCGCGUUAUCAAGAGAGAACAGUUAUCAACAAGAACGAAUUGUCCAGGAUGUACAGGAACCGGAGAAAUUAAACUCUCAGCCCGACGAAUUACCAAUUGUGCAGCAGCAGCCAAAGAAACAAACUCAAGAGAUGAUUAAACCUCUUCGGCCAAGAGAUGGUCUUUUAAAGGAUGUCCUGAAUACGCAAAAGCAAUUGCAUAAAGUUUUCGCAAAUAUCAAAGAACAGGAACAUAAUGUGAAUAACAUAAUCUGCGAUUCAAAAUUACGCCUACAACAAUUGGAAUAUGAGAGCAAUCAAAUUGAACAGAACUUUUUAUCAUACUUGGAAAGGCAAAAGGAGGAAUGCAUGCAAAUGGGUAAACAAAGUAAAAGUGUCGUACCAUUUAAAACGGCCAAGCUAUUGAAGAAAGCGAGCAAAAGCGCUCUGCAUUGCUUUCAGAAAGAGGAUAAUAAUGAAUGUGAUGAAGAGUUUUUAGCAAUGAAACAGAAACUUGACGAAAUCGAGAAGCGACGACAAACGGAACAAUUAGAUUGCUAUAGUACGAGUAGUACGUCGUCUGUAGAUCUACGAAAUGCCGUUGUCGAGGCCAAAACCAGAUUCUUCGAAGAUGAAUCCAAAUUUAGACAGAGAAAACAUUUAGAAUUAUUGGUUGAAAAAUUCAAUUCAAUAAAGCGAUUAAAUGAUGGCGCUGGCGAUGAUAAAAACAAUCCUUAUGAUGAACGUAAUGAUAAAUGCGAAGAGAAACCAAUUAAACCGAUCUAUCAUAACGAACAACUUACUGAUCAUUAUCCGUUAGAGUUUGAUAGUCGCGUUUCAAUUAACGAUCUAUCAACGAGACAAUCGAUCGACGAGCGAACGUUAGGUGAUAAUAAUAUUAAAGAGAAAAUUCACUCCAUAACACAACAACAAGAGAAUAAGAUAUUGAGGCAACGUAAACCGACGAAAGUAACUAAUGAGGAUGUGAAGAAUGCUUUAGAGGAUUUGAAAAGUUUUGCGACACAAAUUACUGCCGAAAAUUACGCAACAACAAAUUCGGAAGUACUAAAGCAAUCAAUGGUCAAAAUGAAAAAACUUUUUGAACAAGAUACACGAUCGAAUAGCGAUUUAUUGCAAAACUAUCGGAUCAACGUUAUUGCCGAAGAAGAAGAGCAGCAGCAGCAGCAGCAGCAGCAGCAGCAGCUUGAUGAUGUUUUCGAAAGUUUUUCAAAAAAUUUAAAUGUCAAUGUAGUAAUUGAUUUUGCAACGAGAACAACAACAACAACAACGACAACAACGACAACAACAAUGACAACGACAACAACAAUGGCGAGGACGACGACGACGACAACAACAGGGAACGCAAUAUCUCCUAAAGUGAUAACAAUAUAUGAUACUCCAAGACCAUUAUUACAUGUUUGCGAUGAAAAAUCGAGAAUGCAAGCGACUGACAAGAUUUCCAAUAUUUCAGUGCCUUCGAUUUUGGAGUCGAACAGUUCCAGUAACGAAAGUUCAAAAUCAAUGGUAUCGAAUAAUGGAAAGCCUGAAAUGUCUGCUUCUAAAAAUGAUAUAAACUCUGACAUAUAUCCCGAGCAUUUGGAUGCAAUUCAAACAAACGAAAGUCCGCCAGAAGACAACGAUUAUCCUGAAAUGAUGGAAACGGUCGAAAUUCUUUCUCCCGGUAAUAAUGAUUCAAGUCGAACAUCUCCAAUCGGCAGCUGUGAAGAGCAAAUCUCUAUUGGGCAGAGAAGCCCAAAGGAUCAAUCUAAAACGAGUGACUGCAGUAAUAGCGAUUUCUGGGCAUAGUUCAAAAAACAAAACAAAACAUAAGC